AUGUCAUACAAUAGACCACCGCCACCGCCUGGAGGCUAUCCUCAACAAGGACCUCCUCCACAAGGACACUCGCCUUAUCCUCAACAUCAGCCUUACGGCCCUCCUCCAGGCGCCCCUCCACCACAAGGGGGAUAUUAUCCUCCUCAACAAGGCGGCUAUCCACCCCCAGGUCCUCCUGGUGGUCCUUCCCCCGGAGCGUACGGCGGUCCUCCACAAGGCCCCCCUCAAGGUUACCCACCACAAGGCUAUCCCCCCCCUCAACAAGCCUUUGGUCAUCCGCCUCCUGGACCAUAUGGUCAACCUCCGCCAGGCGCAUACGGUGCCCCCCCUGGUGCCCCCCCUUCUCGCCAGGGAUAUGGACCUCCCGGCUUCGGAGCUGCCCCGCAGGGACCUCCCGCGGGUCCAUCGCUCGGAUAUGUCCCGAACCAGACCGCCCCAGGCGACUUUACCGAACAAGCAAAUACUUUGCGCAAAGCGAUGAAAGGAUUUGGCACGGACGAGGCAACUCUGAUCAAUGUUCUCGCUCCCUUGGACCCGCUGCAGAUGGCUUCCGUACGUGACGCAUACACUCGGCAUAUCAACCGCGAUUUAUACAAGGACGUGAAGAGUGAAACGGGAGGCUAUCUCAAACAAGGUCUUCUUGCUGUUAUCGAGGGCCCGCUAUCAAAUGACGCAGAACUCGUGCGCGAAGCUGUCAAGGGCCUUGGCACCAAAGAGUGGCUGUUGAACGAUAUCCUACUUGGUCGAUCCAAUGCCGAUCUCCACGAAAUCAAAAACGCCUACCAGCGCAAUCAUAACCGCAAUCUGCAACGUGAUGUCGAAGACGAUUUGUCGGGUGAAACCAAGAAUCUCUUCACGCAUGUCAUCUCUGCGACCCGGCACGAAGAAUCCUAUCCCGUGGACCCCCAACUUGUCGAUAACGAAGUCCGUAGUAUACACGGUUCAACGGCAGGGCGAGUGAUCAACAAUGUGGCAGAGAUCUGUGCAAUUUUCGCCAAGAGCUCGAACAACGAGUUGCGCGCCAUCAGUCACGCUUUCCACCAGCGGUAUCAUAGCGACCUCGACAAGCACAUUGAAAAGAACAUAUCUGGACACAUGAAAGAUGCUCUGCUCCACAUUCUCCGCACGGCCACUGACCCUGCUCUCCGUGACGCAAUCGCAUUGGAAGAAGCUAUGGCUGGGGCAGGAACUAAGGACUUUAAACUGGUCACUCGGAUCGUACGGUUACACUGGAACAGAGCCCACCUUGACCAAGUCAAGAAAGCUUAUCAGCACCACUACCGAAAAGAUCUGCGCCAGCGUGUCCAGGGCGAAGUUAGCGGCGACUACCAGAAACUGAUGCUUGCGUUACUGGGUUGA